AUGGAGACAAUUGUUGUUCCACAUGGAAAAAAGAUAAAAGUUACAGUUCCAACAGAUGAAGAAACUACUCUCGUUAUUAAUGGAGCUAGUAUCUCAGUAAAAAAAGAAAUACCAGCAAAAGGCAGAGUUGUCCUUUACAUGUCAUCAAUUGAGAAUGGAAAACCAGGUUCAGAGAUAGCUAUUGCUCCAUUUACAAUUGGAAAGUCAGAAACAUGCAAAUUAGAUUUUCUUUUCGAAGCUGGAAACCAAUUUAUACUAUCAACAAAAGGAGAUAACGUCGAUGGUGUUGUUCAUACAUAUAUCCCGAACUUUGAGAAAUUAGAAAUAGAGACACUUGAUUAA